UCCAAUAUUCAUGUGUAUCACAGAUGGCCCACAUGUACGCCAUAGAGACACACACCUGCCCCGUGCAGCCGAUUCCGUAGUGAAGGGCAGGCUUGUUGCGCUCGCAGCUAAAUUGCAGCCUGGGGGAGAAAUUCCCAGUAGGACGUCCCAAUUAGGGCAACUUGCUAGUAUCGCUUCAUCAUCUGUUGACAUCUUGCGUAAAAAAGCUGGGAAAGAUCGAAAUAUAAGCAAUUUUCCCGUUGUUACUACUUUUCAUGUACACAGUGUAGACAUAAAGAUAUAAGAGCAAGCGAUGGAGGAGAAGAAAGUUGUGUGUAUCACUUGUAAGGAGAAAAGAAGAAAGUGCAACGGUAAGAAUCCAUGUCUAUGGUGCAAGAAGUACAACCAGCCUUGUUCUUACAAUAUCGACAGUGAUCGAAGAAGGCGGAAAUACCAUACGGAUUACAUUGAUUUCUUAGAGUCCAAGAGCCACAGGCUGAAGGAGUUCAUUACGAAAUUCGCCAAAGACGAUGAGGAGCUCCAGCAGUUGGUUGUUGAGAAGUUGCAGGAGCUGGAUUCGAAGGAGCUCCCCCAGUUGAAACCAGUCAAGGACGAAAUAGACGGCAGCGUCGAGUCCGUGGAGAACUCUCAUCUUAUAGAGGAGCUGAUGGAGGCCACGAGGAACCUCCGGCUCGAUGAUGAAGAGCUUAAGCCGAAUUACGUCUACAAUUCGUUCACCUCUGAAUUACAGGAAAAGAUCUUGGAGAACAAGGCGAAGUUCAGCUCGGACGUGAUCAACUCGGAGUCGUCGCCGUUGGCUCUGGUUGGCUAUACGCUAGUCUUCAACGACUUAAGCUACCAGACGUCGCUGGUUCAUCUGUUCGAACAGAAAUUCGCCAUUCAUUCGAUGUUCUUCCUGAAACUUUUGCCCGUGCUAUGGCAGUGCGACUACAACUCCAUACUGGACCCGGGCAUCAGGCUGCUGAUGAACGUUGUCUUCGGCAUAAGCUCAAACUUCUCGUCACACCCGCUUGCAAAGGUCCACGGAGACUACUUCAUCGCACUGGCUAGAGAUUCCCUGAUGAGUGUGGUGUGUAAAUCUCAGACAGACACCAACAUCAUCGCAGCCUUGCACCUGCUUUCAUGCUACGAAAUGGGACAGAAUGAACCGUUCCAAUCAUAUCUGCUGGAUUCAAUGGCUUGCUCUCUUUUGCAGCAUAUGGGACUGCACAUUUCGUACGAUGGACAAGAGGAUGCGGACGGCCAAACUUAUGCCCCUAAGCAGACUCCAUUCAAGGCUGCAGCACUGUGGUCCGUAUGCACGCAUGAUCGCAUAAUAACAAACGUGAUCAAUGUUCCAUCGGUGAUACAUUUCAAACGAAUCGUGGCACCGUUCUACCAGAUUGUGAGCGAACCGUCGGACCAGAUCCAUUUCCAGGAGUUGUCAUUUGCUUACAUCUCACGCAUGUGGUAUAUCUUUGACCGAUUUACGGACCAGAUAUACUCUGUGCACUUUGACCUCGGGGAGACGAACAACAGACAGAAGGUGAUGGCAACGGCGAAGAAGACGUUCAACGAGCUGUAUUCAUCGCUGCCGUCUCUGCUGAGGCUGAAAUCACCGAAAACGCUGGACUUGUCUGACCCAAAUCAGACCCAUAUACUGAUUUUCCACCUGAACUACCACUAUUUGAAGUUACAGCUGAACAAGAUCUUCAUAAGAGAAGCGUCGUAUGAGUUGAAGAGUUCCAUUCUGAAGGAGGCUUCCAAGUGUGGGGAGUUGAUCCACACCCUUGUGUCGCAGAGAGAGGUCAUUGACGUUGACCUCUUGCCGUAUUACUUGCCAAAUUUCGUCAACACAAUAGUAUUGGUGUAUCUGUUCAUCUUGACAACAGCCAAUACAAGCACAUCUACUGAAGUCAGUGACAACGAAGUUUCAACGUUCUAUUUCUACUUCACACAGGCCAAGACUCUCUUACAGAUGUUGAGUAUAAACUGGAAAUUGGCUAAAAGCUCACUGGAAAAUCUAUUGAAAUUAGAAACCAAGUUUAACUUACAGCCACCUCUAUCCUCCUGGAGUACCUUUUCACCAACUGUGCACUCCGAUGUCAUUACACCGGUGACUGGGACCGACGUCACGCCAUUAUCCACUACCGGUGGAUUCCUGGCAUCCACUGAUAGUGCAUUCUUGGAUUGGUUCCAGGAGUUUCCAGAUUUUGAACAGAUAAAGCAUUCAAGACAAGAGAUACGGCAGCGGAAACCAGCACAACAGCAACCAACACAAAUGUAUACCAAUUAUCCGAUUCCAAUGUCAUUUGAAACCGAUACUCCAAUGGCCCCACUAUCAACAGAACAGGCACCUAGCACCUAUCCCAUAGGUGAUGAUAUGAAUGAGUUCGAAUACCACGUUGACAAUCUAUCCAACUGGGAGUGAGAACAAGUACAUGAGCGAUAUAACAAAU